GGCCUAAAGCCGGGGUUCUCCUUGCAUCUGCACUGCUCCCGGGCUUACUUGAGGGGUAACUGGUGAGAAACAAUGUUUAGGAACCGAUGGAUUUCCAGCUAUGUGGGAAGUGUGAUUUGCCCUGAGGAUCCAGGUUUUUACGCUGAAGACCCAAUCACUCAUAGAAAUCCAAGACUCCAAUUAAGAAAAACCUCAAGCUUCCAAAGAAACUUUGGCUGUGGAAUUCAAGGAGAUUUUGGAAACUACCCCAAGGAUAUUGAUGCACACAUACUUGCUGUUCUUCCUAAAGUUUCAGAGCUGAGAAAAGUGUUUGAGCCCAGCAGGAGGGUAAUUACAGAGAUGAAGAGAAAAGAAAGAAUUGCGAGACGUUUGGAAGGCAUUGAAAAUGAAGCACCGCCAAUUAUGUUACAGAGCAGGCUCCUAGAAGAAGACACCCCAAGAUACACGCGAGCUACUGAUGCAUAUAGCCCUAAUUUAGGACACACAAACGAUGAUGCAACUUCAGAGUCUUCAGUAGAAACAAAUUCAAAGUUAAGGUAUCAUCCAAAACCAGCAGAUAUUCAGGCAGAGACUACUAAUGUUCUAGGAAAUAUGAGCGCACAAGAACAGGAAUCUAAAGCAGACAGGAUAGCUCGAUACAAAGCUGAACGUAGGCGCCAGUUGGCUGAAAAGUAUGGCCUACCUUUGGACUCUGAAGGAGAUUCGGAAUACCAGUCCAGGUAUACUCGAUCAAGGAAGGACAGUGACACGUCCGAGAAGAGGUCAGGCGUUUAUGAGGAUGAUGAUUCCAAGGACAGUGUUUCUGAUUAUUUGUAUCCGCCGGAAAGCAGGAAGGCUCGCCUCUCUGAUGUGAAACACCAUGACAUUAAUGAAAAUGUGUCCACCUGCGAUGCUCUGCAAAACCUGGAAAACAAUAACAAGUUUCAUGGCAUCUCACAGCUAGAUGGUCCUGCAGAUUCUUCAUAUGGGCUUGGAAACAUUGUAGGAGAAGCGCCACAGUCACCCAGGUUCCCUCGUCGUGCAUCCCAGACCUCUCCGAAGCGUUCCUCAUCUCCUGUUUCCUUAUCUGCAGAUCAGCAGCAACAGCAGGCAGACAUCAGACAAGGUGCAGGGAAGCAGAAACCAGAGUGGUUCCUUCAGAAAGAUUCCGAUGGGGACACAGCGUCUCUCAUCAGCUGGCCCUCCAGAGUUAAAGUUAGAGAGAGACUUGUGCGAGAUGAGAACAUGCAUGGGAAUCCAAAAUAUGACACAGAGAUCCCUACCCAAAAGAUGCAUCAUGCUGCCCCGGUCUACUAUAAGCCCUUUCAGUCUGAGAACUCUGCAUUUGAUAGAGUCUAUAAGCAGCCAACCCCAGGCCGUCAACCCAUCCACGGUUAUGUCCAACCAGCUAAUUUUGCUCACACACCCAAGGUUGUUUCACAUACAGAGUCUGACAGCGUUAUGGUGUCUGCCUUUACUACCUCACUAAGAAAUCCACGGGCAAUCAAGGAGAUGAAUCCUGAGAAAUCACAUCAAAUCCAUCAAGAUCUGACCAGUACAAUUGCGCCCUACAAAACCGAGAUUAGUAAUGGUAAGCUUCAUGACUCCUUUGAGGAAAGUCCGAGAUUUAUAUCCUCCUAUGUCGACAAGCAGAAAAGUGAUGAAGUAGCACCUCCUAAGGAUACUCUUCCAUACAUGUCACAAAAUGUUCUACCCCAGAACAAGCCAAACGACAACUUGGGAAAAGCCGAAGCCAUUAUGCAUCUGCAGAGCGGAUUAACCCCCGAUCCAUUCAGACCACCAGGGCAGCCCAAGGAAGUUUCAACGAUGAAGCAUAAAAUGUUUGUGCGCUCACUGUCAGACUCUGGCACGCAAAAAUCAGAGAUUUUGCAAGUUAAAGUUUCAGAUGUACAAAAAGAGAUGGUAUUUUUGGGCACUGAAGAAGAUUCUCACAUUGCUAAUGGAGAAGCUGGACUGGUAAACACUAAGGUGUCUGUGGCCCAGCUUAGGACUGCAUUUUUGGAGGCAACGAAUUCAAGCAAAAAAGCAGACCCUGAACCCAAGGCUGACAUGCCAACAUCAAGUGUUAAUCUUGGUGCCACCCAUGAGCGGGAAAGAGGCCCGCGAAGGCCAAGACUUUAUAUCUCUCCUGGGGACAAUAGAAAGACUUCUGAGAGAUUUAGAACCCAACCUGUAACUUCAGCUGAACGAAAAGAAACAGAUAGGACCACAUUUCAUCCAUCUCCACCCGAGCAGACAGCUGAAGAAGAAGCAAAGGUGGAUGAAAGGGCAAAACUUAGCGUCGCUGCAAAGAGGCUUUUGUUUAGGGAACUGGAAAAAACUGUGGACCCGAAAGCCCCCAGGCCACGUUCUAAAAAUGCGGCCGUGGAGAGGAGGCUCCGGCGCAUGCAGGACCGGUCGCACACUCAGCCCGUCACCACCGAAGAAGUAGUGAUUGCUGUGACCAAGCCUAGCCCUGCCGCACACACAGUGACCACACACACUGUAACCCCAAGAGUCCCUAGUCCCACUGUAACUAAGAGUUGUGUGCAUCAUAUCAGUUUACAGGCAUCCGCGCAUCAGAAAGCUGCUUCUAAGGCAGAACCAGAAAUUGCUAAGGAAACCAAGGCAGAACCUAGUACCCCCGAGGAACCAGAUUCUUCUUCUCUGUCCUUGGCUGAAAAGAUGGCCUUAUUCAAUAAACUCUCCCAACCGGUCAGCAGAGAGAAAUCGACUCGGAGCAGGAUGGAUGUCCGACUGAGGAGGAUGAACGCCCGCUAUCAGACUCAGCCGGUUACUCUGGUCGAAGUUGAACAGUUCAAGAACGGAGGUGAAAAGAUCGCUCCAUUAUCUCCUACUGUGGUAACAUCUGUGGCGACUUUAACGUCUCGGUCGUCUCCUGUCUAUCCCGGGGACAUGAAUGUCACAAAGUCAUUUAAUUAUGACGAGAGACUAUCAGGUGUCUCCAGCUCUUCCACCCUUCACACUUCAAUGGAGACAGGAAACACUACAGAGCGAAGCCUGUUGCUCUCCGAAUCGUGGAGUUCUCCUGCUGCCGAUAAAGUCAAAGACAAAGAAUUGAGGAAACCGGUGUUUGACGAGAGCAGAGCGUCUGUGGCAGAAGAUAGCAGCAGCCUGAGAAAAUCUAGCUUUGUUCAGAAGGAAGCUGCUCAUCCUGCUCUGGAUGUUGCAAGGGAGGAGGAACCUGCAAGAGACCAGAAGAUGCAUGGACAUGUUAUCUCAAGUAAGAGCACGGCAGAGGUAUUCAGCCAAAAGACAGUGUUACAACCUGCUGUACGCAGAGAUCAGCCAACAGGAGACAGCGCCCUGCAGGUACAGGUGGAUGAUAUGCAAGACGAGAAGAGCAAUCUGCAGUCAGAAGGAACCACGUGGAGCGUGAAGACUGCUCUGGCAGAGAUUGUGGAGCCGGCCUCUGAACCUCUUGGCACCGUCACAACAUCACAAGCAGUUUCUCACACUUCGUCUGCGGUAUCCAGCAGACCACAAGCAGAAGAGCUAGAGGAGAGGAAGACCCCCGAGAGGACAACAGAGAUUUCCCCCGACGCCGAGACCUAUUCCGCGGAGGAUUUUGACAUUUCUGACAAAGGCAUGUCUAUCCGAGACAGGCUGGCUCUGUUGAAGAAGAGCGGGGAGGAAGACUGGAGGAACAGGCUUAACAAAAAGCAGGACUACACCAAAGUGUCUGUCAUAGAGCGCAGCUCGCUCACCCAGCUGCAAGAAAUUGAGCAGUCGCUGAAAAAGAAGGAAGAAGGAGAUAUUAAAGAUGAUUAUGUCCUGUCUAAUCAGCUGUGGGUGAGGAAACCGUGUGUUCCCUGUUCAGAAAAUGGCUGGGAGAGUAGCUGGACAGGAGAAAAGCUGGAAGAACCUCAGUCCCUUCUUUCUUGGGAGGUCAGUAAUGAUAGAGUGAGAGAGUCAAGUCCGGGGAUGUUUGCUGAACGUCAUCCUUGGAGAUGGAAGCAAAGGGUCACUGAUGGUGAUGCACGUAUGACCAUCGAGGAGAGGAAGCAACAGAUUACUGUUAGAGAAGAGGCCUGGAAGUCGAAGGGCAUUGGAGCCGCCAAUGACUCCACUCAGUUUUCUGUUGCCGGGCGAAUGGUAAAAAAAGGCUUGGCUUCACCUACCGCCAUAACGCCGAUAUCAUCACCAUUGGCUCUUAAACCCAAGUCUGUCAAUGUCGUUACGAAGCCCUCUGAAGAAAUCGAAGCCAAGCCUGAAAUGCAGUUGGAAUCUGAUAGAAAACUGGAUAAACUGGAGUCCUUUUUGGGAAGAUUACACAAUAAAGUUGGGGGUCUGCAGGACACAACACUUACAGUCACCAGUAAAUCGGUGAAAGAAGUUAUGAAACUGGAUGACGAGGAGACGUUCUCUCGCUUUUACCGGCCAUUGGAGUUCCAGGCCAGCCCUGCGCCAUUCUUCUUUGAUGAUGAUUUUGAUCUUUUGUUCAACACUGAAGAACCAAAGUUGACCUCCGCUGUCACAGAGCACAAGCGGGCAGUGAGACCUGUACGAAAGGUCCAGGCUUCAGGGAACCCACUUAAAAUGCUUGCGGCUCGUGAUGACCUCCUGCAGGAGUACACGGAGACCAGGCUAAAUGUGGCAUUUAUGGAAUCCAAGAGGAUGAAGGUGGAAAAGAUGUCAAAAAAUUCUAACUUUUCAGAAGUGGCGCUGGCUGGGCUGGCGAGUAAAGAGAACUUCAGCAGUGUCAGUUUACGCAGUGUUAACCUUACGGAGCAGCACUCCAACAACAGCGCAGUGCCAUAUAAGAAGCUUAUGUUAAUACAAAUUAAAGGACGUAGACACGUUCAGUCAAGGCUGGUUGAACCCCGGGCUUCCUCCCUGAACAGCGGUGACUGUUUCCUGCUGAUCUCCCCGCACUACUGCUUCCUGUGGGUCGGAGAGUUUGCAAACGUCAUCGAAAAAGCAAAGGCUUCAGAGCUGGCUUCCAUAAUUCAGACAAAGAGGGAAGUGGGAUGUAGAGCGUCAUAUGUGCAGACGAUCGAGGAGGGAAUAAACACCCAUACGCACUCGGCCCGGGAAUUCUGGAAACUUUUGAGUGGACAGACUGAAUAUCAAGAUGCUGGAACCCCAGAAGAAGAUGAACGCUAUGAAAAUGCAAUCAUUGAAACAAACUGUAUGUACCGUUUGGUGGAUGAUAAGCUGAUCCCUGUGGAUGAAUUUUGGGGUAAAAUCCCCAAGUGUUCCCUUCUGAAGUCUAAAGAGGUCCUGGUAUUUGAUUUUGGCAGCGAGGUGUACGUGUGGCAUGGAAAAGAGGUGACGCUGUCCCAGAGGAAGGUGGCAUUCCAACUAGCAAAACACCUCUGGAACGGGGUCUUUGACUAUGAGAACUGCGAUAUUAAUCCUCUAGAUCCCGGGGAAUGCAAUUCUCUUAUACCAAGGAAAGGACAUGGUCGUCCAGACUGGGCUAUAUUCGGACGACUGACUGAGCACAACGAAACGAUAUUGUUUAAAGAAAAGUUCCUGGACUGGACAGAAAUGAAGAAACCCAUUGAGAAGACUUUGUGUGAGGAACUCCCAAAGCAAAAGGUUGAAAAGCAGGAAGAUGUCAAGGGCUAUGACGUGAUGUUGAUGGUCCCAGUCUCUCAGGCAGCUGUGGCGACAAUAUUAGAUGGAUUUAAUGUGUGCCGCGGUUAUGGGACUAUUGAAGGAGAUGAUAGGAGGCAGUAUGAACUGUCUACUGUCUCUGUGGACGUCUGGCAUAUUUUGGAAUUUGACUACAGUAGGUUACCCAAGCAGAGCAUUGGUCAGUUCCAUGAAGGCGAUGCGUAUGUGGUGAAAUGGAAAUACAUGGUGAGCACAACAGUUGGACAUCGGCAAAAGACAGAACAUGUAAGAGUAGCUGGGAAGGAAAAGUGCGCCUACUUCUUCUGGCAGGGUCGCAAUUCACCUGUCAGUGAAAAGGGCACCUCAGCGUUAAUGACCAUCGAGCUGGAUGAGGAGCGAGGAGCACAGGUCCAAGUCCUUCAGGGGAAGGAGCCGCCAUGUUUCCUUCAGUGUUUUGAAGGGAGUAUGAUUGUGCAUGCUGGGAGGAGAGAAGAGGAAGAAGAAAAUGCCCAAAGUGACUGGAGACUGUAUUGUGUUCGGGGAGAGGUUCCCACGGAGGGCAAUCUCAUUGAGGUGGCUUGUCACUGCAGCAGCCUCCGGUCCAGGACCUCUAUGAUACUGCUUAAUGUGAAUAAAGCGGUCAUUUACCUUUGGCAUGGAUGCAAAGCACAGAGUCACACAAAUGAAGUAGGGAGGACGGCGGCCAACAAAAUCAAAGAAGAAUGUCCUUUAGAAGCCGGGUUGCAUAGCAGCAGCAAGGUGACUAUAUAUGAAUGUGAUGAAGGUUCAGAACCCAUAGGAUUCUGGGAUGCACUUGGCAGGAGAGACCGUAAAGCCUAUGACUGCAUGCUACAAGAUCCUGGGAAAUUUAACUUUACUCCACGGUUGUUCAGUCUCAGUAGUUCAUCUGGAGAGUUUACAGCUACCGAAUUCAUGUAUCCGUCCAGGUUGCCGUCAGUGGUAAAUUCAAUGCCAUUCUUACAGGAGGACCUGUACACAGCCUCCCAGCCAGCUCUAUUCCUUGUUGACAAUCAUCACGAGGUUUACCUCUGGCAGGGCUGGUGGCCCACAGAAGAUGACAUCCCUGGAUCAGCACGGAUACGAUGGGAUGCAGACAGAAAAAGUGCCAUGGAGACCGUGCUGCAGUAUUGCAAAGGCAAGAACAGUAAAAAACCACCCAAGUCCUACCUAAUUCACGCCGGUCUAGAACCUCUAACCUUUACAAACAUGUUCCCAAGCUGGGAGCACAGAGAAGACAUUGCCCAGAUCACAGAAAAGGAUGCUGACGUCUCCAAUCAGAUCAUCCUUGUAGAAGAUGUUCUGGCCAAACUCUGUAAAAAGAUUUACCCCUUGGAGGAACUCCUUGCUCGCCCUUUACCCGAGGGAGUGGAUCCAUUAAACCUUGAAAUUUAUCUUUCCGAUAAAGAUUUUGAGAUUGCUUUAGAAAUGUCUAGAGAAGAAUACAACACGCUGCCAUCCUGGAAACAAGUCAAUGUCAAAAAAUCUAAAGGACUUUUCUAAAGAAGGAAAUCUCGUCGCCUGGACCUUCCCUCUCGGUUUGCUGGAUGAGCCCGCCGUUGUCUUCCAGCCGCCUCUCCACUGUGCUACAGCUGAAUUUUGCACUUGCUGUCAUUACAUUUGUGCACAAUUCAAUGGUCUGUCUUCUAGCCCUGUGUGGAUAGGACAGUGAAGGACAUUAGCCACAUCCAGUGUGAGAUCUGAUGACGGUGAUUACUGCGCUGCCUGUUGACCCCUGUCCUAUUAUAAAUGUACUGAAGGAGCCUUUGAAAAGAUGAAUGUUUCUCCAAGGAAACCCCCACAGAUAUCGAUAUCUACCGUGCACUUAAGCUAAAUGCAAACUUAUUCCUUGGCUGCAAAACGUAACCUUUUUGGAUUAGGUUCUCUCUUGUAAAUGUUGUGUUUGUCAGACCCAGUAGAAUGUAUUUAUAUCAGCACUGUGUAUUUGACUAUGCAAUAUAAUCACUGUGUAAGAUUUGUGUGUUAUUACACAAACCAUCAAAUUCAAUGCCAUGCUAACAGCGGAUAACCUCAGGUUGUCUCUGUACCAUAUGCAUUUGUGACGUUUUUGUUUUGUUUUGUUUUUUGUUUUUCUUUGCAUGUGAUGGUAAGGAACAAAGUGUGGGUGCACUUCUUCUUUCCACAGUGCCCUCUGGUGGUACAGAAGUGAAAAGGCCGAGCUAGCUGUCCGAACCAUUAUGCUUCUGGGUGCGAGGCGACCUGCGUGCUCGCCCCCACAAAGCACUGCUGGUGUUAUUCACAGAUAUGUUUGUAUUAUUUUUUUUUUUCCCUCGUGCUUAUAUGGGGCUCGUAACCAACUGUAUAGUGCCUUGUUUUUGUGUACAGUUUAUAUACAGGAAAAAUGUAGUCUGCAUUUUGGAAGCAGUUAUAAAAAGCAUCUGAUCUUUGUACUUUAUAAUAGAAGACAUCUCAGUUUCUAAUACCCGGUGUAAACUUUAAACAUGUAUUUUGUGAUAUAAGAUCCCAAAUAAAAU